UGUGAUCAUGACCGUGGUCCUAGUGGGAUUGCUCUCGGUCGAAACUCAAGCCGACAUCUACUCGGAGAUGACGUCCUGUGCUUGUCCUUUGAGCUACCAACCGGUCUGUGGCAGUGAUAACGUUACCUACUCCAACGAUUGUGUCAUCAGAUGUGCCAUGGCUACGCCCACCGGUUCCAGAAUAGCGCUGAAAAAACUCCGUGAAGGAUCCUGCGAGAAUGAAUUAUAUAUCGAACCAAACCAGCCACAUAAGCACUCAUCAGUCCGCAGAGUUGCAGUAGUUGGAAAUCUACAGUUCAACAUCGAAGACACCUGUGAUAAAACAAAAACAAAAAUGCGUUCAAUUUCUGUGCUUGCUGUGAUCAUGACCGUGGUCCUUGUGGGAUUGCUGUCGGUCGAAACUCAAGCCGACAUCUACUCGGAGAUGGCGUCCUGUGCUUGUCCUUUUAGCUACCAACCGGUCUGUGGUAGUGACAACGUUACCUACUCCAACGAUUGUGUCCUCAGAUGUGCCAUGGUUACGCCCACCGGUUCCAGAAUAGCGCUGAAAAAACUCCGUGAAGGAUCCUGCUAAAAUGAAUUAUGAAUGAAAUAAAAAUGUCAUCUAACUGCAAUAACGAAACCGAAAAUGAAACAUACCGGAGUCAUUGUGGGUAUUUUGGUACUGUCUAUGAGUCUUCUGGCAGUUGUAGAGACACGUAGCGAUGCCAAGAGAGGAGUUUGCGCCUGUCCGAGGAUUUAUAUGCCCGUUUGCGGAAGCGAUUUGAAGACCUACAACAACGACUGUCUAUUGCGAUGCGAAGCUGAUUCUGAUUUGGGAAGAGCUCAAAAUCUGACAAAAAUAGCGGACCAAGCGUGUGACGCUUUGGCGGACAAUGUCGAAGAAAUUCCUGUGGAGUAUUGAAAAAGUAAACUAAUCUUUUGAUUCGAUGUACAAUUCGAAUAAAAUUAUUUAUGUUGAAGCGGAGUUUUAAAUGUGAUAUUUUGUGAA